UUGUAGGAGAAGCUAACCGAACCUCCAAAGAUGACUGACAGCACAAUAAGAACCACGUUACGCCUUCCAACACGAGUCACCGGCAAUUACAUUCACCUUUUAUUCUAAGCAAACUCGCUCGUGCCUCAGUGAUAAAGCUCGACGCAUUCAGCACGGUACCGGUUCGGACGGGAUGCCAGAGAGAGAAAUUCUCCGGUUGUUUAAAGACUGUCACCGGCCACCGCCGGUUCUGCUAAUGUGGUAAAUAAGAGACAUUGAAAAAUAAGAAGAGGGUGAAAAAAUGGGAUUCCUGCACCAGCUUCACCUCCUCCUCUGGAAGAACGUCUUCCUGAAGCGGCGGGGGCCGUGGGUGCUAGCUUUUGAGAUCUUUAUCCCGCUGGUCCUGUUCUUCAUCCUCCUGGGUCUCCGGCAGAAGAAGCCAGCUAUCUCUGUCAAAGAAGUUUCCUUUUACAGUGCGGCCCCACUCACCUCCGCUGGCAUCAUUCCCAUCAUGCAGUCUCUGUGUCCGGAUGGACAAAGGGAUGAAUUUGGUUUCCUGCAAUACAAGAACUCCACUGUGACGCAGCUCCUGGAGCGGAUCAGUGAAGUGGUUGAACAGAACAGACUUUUUAGUUUGGACCGACCUGGUUUAGGCCAAGAACUGGAGACGCUGCAGCAGCAUCUGGAGAGUCUGAGCUCUGCUCCACUGCCACUGUACCACAACUUCAACAACAGUCAAGGCUUCUCGUUGGCCAGUGUGCUGAAGAAUGAGUCUGUUUUCUAUCAGUUCCUUCUCAAGAACCUUUCCUUAUCAAACACCACAGCCAGCCUGCUGCUCAACACACCAAUCAGCCUGAAAGAGGCGUACACUCUUAUUUUUGGUACUUAUCCCAGAGAUGGUGGAGGGACACAAAAUUUAAUUCAGGGAGCCAAAUGCAACAGACACAAAAGUGGAGACAAAAUCCUUCAUCUGGAGGAGAAGGUGCUUUGUGGUAUGCAUGCUCUGGAUGGAGGCCUGAUUCACAAAGCCUUACGCGAUCCGACUAAAGCAACCCACAAGCAGGCACUGCUCAAACUGAUGUCUCAGGCUUUGGGACUUACUGAAGUCACCGGAAGUGAGAGAAAUGACCAACAGGAAAUGAAGGAGGUGGAGGGGGUCCUUUUGACUGGUGCCAUGUUGGAAGUCCUCACAUGUGGGGAAGCUGGGACUGGUGAACUCAAUAAGAUCUUCCUGGUGCCUGAAAGACAGAAAUCUGUGCUGCAGGCCUACCGCAGUAUAAUGUGCAGUGGAGGGGAGGGUCAAAGAUCGCAGCGCUUCAAGGAGAUGAGCCGCGGGCUGAGAGAGCAGAUUAACACACAGAGUGUAACUGAGAAGCUUCAUCUGGAGCAGGCCAACUCUUUAGUUCCACUGUCUCAGUCCCACCUUGGGUCCCUGUUAAAAGACCUAGCAGACAUGGAGCGUUUUCUGAAGGAUGUAGAUCUCCUCUCAAGCCUGGCCCGCCUGCUGCCCAAAGGGGCCUGCGCUGGUCGAACGGCCCCAUCUUCUGCAAAUAUCUCCUGGCCUCUCAAUGCGACGGUGUGGGGCCUCAACACAACUGAUGUUCCUGGUGAGGAGGGGGAGGGAAGUGAACAAGGAGGUGGGCGUAAAGAAGGAAAAGUGAAGGAAGAAUCGGAGAAUCCUCAUUCUCAGUUUUCAGCAUUUGUGCAGCUUUGGGCCGGACUGCAACCGAUUUUAUGUGGGAACAACAGGAUCAUUGAGCCAGAAGCUUUGAAGCAGGGCAACAUGAGUUCUCUGGGCUUCACCAGUAAAGAACAGAGGAAUUUGGGCUUACUGGUGCAUUUAAUGACUACAAAUCCCAAGAUCCUCUACUCCCCAAUAGGUUCUCAGGUGGAUAAAGUCAUCCAGAAGGCAAAUGAGACAUUUGCAUUUGUUGGGAACGUGACUCACUAUACCCACGUCUGGCUCAACAUUUCUGCCCAGCUGAGAACUUUUUUGGAGGAGGGCCGUCUCCAUGACCACCUGGCAUGGCUCCAACAGCUGUCAUCAGAGCUUCAUCAGCACCCAGAACUGUUGAAUGCCACAGACAGCAAUUUAAUGCAGAGUUUGAUGGAGGGAAACUACAGUCUUCCUAAUACGUCCACCCUGCUGGAGCAGCUGGACACUAUCGACAACGCUGCCUGUGGCUGGACACACUUCAUGUCUAAGGUCAGUGUGGACAUCUUCAAGGGCUUUCUUGACGAGGACGGCAUUGUCAACUACACCCUGAACCAGGCCUACCAGGACAAUGUGUCUGUGUUUGCAAGUGUGAUUUUCCAGACUAACAAGGAUGGUUCCCUGCCACCUCACGUCCUGUACAAAAUUAGACAGAACUCCAGCUUUACGGAGAAGACCAAUGAAAUUCGUCGGGCCUACUGGCGUCCUGGUCCAAAUACUGGGGGGAAGUUCUACUUCCUCUACGGCUUUGUCUGGAUUCAAGAUAUGAUAGAGAGAGCCAUCAUCAACACAUUUGUGGGCCACGAUGUGGUGGAGCCUGGUAACUACGUCCAGAUGUUCCCCUACCCGUGUUACACCAGAGAUGAUUUCCUGUUUGUAAUUGAGCACAUGAUGCCGCUGUGUAUGGUGAUCUCCUGGGUUUACUCAGUGGCCAUGAUGAUUCAACACAUUGUCGCCGAGAAAGAACACCGGCUCAAAGAGGUGAUGAAGAUGAUGGGUCUGAACAACGCAGUCCACUGGGUGGCUUGGUUCAUCACCGGGUUUGUCCAGCUUUCCAUCUCUGUCACAGCUCUCACGGCCAUCUUGAAGUAUGGUCGGGUGUUGCUUCACAGUGACCCUUUCAUCAUCUGGCUGUUCCUCACCAUCUACGCUGUGGCCACCAUCAUGUUCUGUUUUCUGGUGUCAGUGAUCUACUCAAAGGCCAAGCUGGCAUCAGCCUGCGGAGGAAUCAUCUACUUCCUGAGCUACGUGCCCUACAUGUAUGUGGCCAUUCGGGAGGAGGUGGCCCAUGACAAAAUCACUGCCUUUGAGAAGUGUAUUGCUUCUCUGAUGUCCACGACAGCCUUUGGCCUAGGAUCAAAGUACUUUGCCCUGUAUGAAGUAGCAGGCGUUGGCAUCCAGUGGCGAACCAUCAGUCAGUCGCCUGUAGAAGGCGAUGACUUUAACUUGGGUUUGUCCAUGAUGAUGCUCAUCAUUGAUGCUGCUGUGUAUGGUGUACUCACCUGGUAUAUUGAAGCUGUACAUCCAGGCAUGUAUGGGUUGCCCCGCCCCUGGUACUUCCCCCUGCAGAGGUCUUAUUGGUCGGGCAGUGGGCGUGUUGAGACAUGGGAUUGGCCAUGGUGUGGAGGCAGCACAGCGAGGCUCAGCGUGAUGGAGGAGGACCAGGCUUGUGCAAUGGACCAACGGAGAUCAGAGGAGAUGCGCGGUAUAGAGGAGGAGCCAAGCCACCUGCCACUAGUCGUGUGUAUUGACAAACUGACCAAGGUGUACAAGACUGGCAGCAAGUUAGCCUUAAACAAACUGAGCCUCAACCUCCAUGAAAACCAAGUGGUCUCUUUCCUGGGGCACAAUGGUGCUGGCAAGACCACCACCAUGUCAAUUCUGACCGGCUUGUUCCCACCCACCUCUGGCUCAGCCACUAUAUAUGGUCACGAUAUCCGUACGGAGAUGGAACGGAUUCGUCAGAACCUGGGCAUGUGUCCGCAGCAUAACGUCCUGUUUGACAAGCUGAGUGUAGAGGAACAUCUUUGGUUCUACUCCAGACUCAAAGGCAUGGCUGAGGAAGACAUACGCAAGGAAAUGGACAAGAUGAUUGUUGACUUGGAGUUAUCCAACAAGCGUCACAGUCUGGUGCAGACUUUGUCUGGGGGGAUGAAGAGGAAGCUGUCUGUGGCCAUAGCUUUCGUUGGCGGCUCCAGAGCCGUCAUUUUGGAUGAACCCACCGCAGGAGUGGAUCCUUAUGCUCGUAGGGCGAUCUGGGACCUCAUCCUCAAGUACAAGCAGGGUCGCACAAUCCUGCUGUCCACCCACCACAUGGAUGAAGCAGACUUACUUGGAGAUCGAAUUGCCAUCAUCUCACAUGGAAAACUCAAGUGCUGCGGCUCCCCGCUCUUCCUUAAGAGCACCUACGGAGACGGAUACAAACUGACUCUGGUCAAAAAGCAAAGCGAAGGCCGAGGCCAGGACAACCAACUGCAGCCUCCUUCAUCUCUGUCACCAUCUUCCUCCCUGUCACCUUGCUCAGAGGCUCGGGUCACCCAGUUUAUUCGUCAGUUUGUGGCGUCCUGUCUGCUGGUUUCCGAUUCUAAUACUGAGCUAUCCUACAUCCUGCCCUCCGAAGCCGUGAAGAAGGGCUGCUUUGAGAGGCUUUUCCAGGCACUAGAGCAGAGUUUGGACAGCCUGGCUCUGACAAGCUUUGGGGUAAUGGAUACCACUCUUGAGGAGGUCUUCCUCAAAGUAUCUGAGGAGGACCAGUCGCUGGAGAACAGUGAUGCUGAUAUGAAGGGCUCUCCAGGAGGCAGUUCUGUGGGUAAAUCCUCAGUGGUUUCGGGAGGCCUGGGUGCUCCACAUUGUGACACUGGACCAUUGGUGGAAAUUGAAAAGCCAGAAGUUGAGCUUAGUAACCUGGUGAUGUGCUCCAGGCUGAGCCAGAGCCAGUCCUCUCUGAAAUCCUCCUCAUCUGUUGGCUCAGUGAGAGGAGAUGAAGGAGGACUCUACACAGAUUUCUAUGGAGAUUAUUGUCCACUCUUUGACAAUGGGCAGGAAUCUGACUCUGUUAGUCUGCGGGGUGAUUUGGACAACCCCUCAUCUCCUGAGCCAGAGGUUUUGGAAGGCCAGGGAAGUUUCAAGCUUGAGGGUUGGUGGUUGAAACUCAGCCAGUUCCAUGGGCUUAUUGUCAAGCGGUUCCACUGUGCAAAGAGGAACACAAAGGGUCUCUUCUCUCAGAUCCUCCUACCAGCCUUCUUUGUCUGCGUGGCCAUGACAGUGGCUUUAUCUGUGCCUGAGAUUGGAGAUCUGCCACCUCUGAUUUUGUCCCCAUCUCAGUAUCAUAACUACACCCAGCCCAGAGGAAACUUCAUCCCCUAUGCCAACGAAGGCCGACCCCAGUACAGGGUGAAACUAUCUCCCUAUGCCAGCCCACAGAAGAUUAUCAACACCCUCCGGCUUCCCUCAGGAGUAGGUGCUACAUGUGUCCUGAAAACACCUUUCAACAGCACUCUGGACCAGUUAGCCCAGACCCUCAACCCCAGUGCCAACAAUUCCAAGACACUGGCUGCCCGAUACUUUGACUCCAUGUGCUUGGACUCCUUCACCCAGGGGGUUCCACUCUCCAACUUUGUACCACCUCCUCCAUCACCGGCACCUUCAGAUGACCCAGACCCGCGCUUUGAAGAUGGACUGUGGAACUACACAGUCACACCUCUGACCACAGUUCAUGAACCAGUGACAUCUCGUCCAACCCUCCCCCUGUCCAUCCACGAGCCAGUACGUUGUACCUGCUCCAUGCAGGGUACGGGCUUCUCCUGUCCGAGUGGGGUGGGUGGGCGCCCCCCAAUAACGAAGGUGGUAACAGGUGACAUCCUUGUAGACAUCACAGGGCGUAAUGUCUCCGAGUAUCUUCUCUUCACAUCAGACAGACUGCGCCUGCACAGAUAUGGUGGUAUAACAGUGGGGAACAUCCAGAAAUCCAUCCCAGCAUCCUUUGGAAGAACGAUACCACCUAUGGUGCGCAAGAUAGCAGUUCGCAAAUCAGCUCAGGUUCUGUACAACAAUAAAGGUUACCACAGCAUGCCCACCUACCUGAACGUCCUCAAUAAUGCCAUCCUUCGUGCCAACCUGCCUGCGUCCAAAGGCAACCCUGCUGCAUAUGGUAUCACACUGACAAACCAUCCAAUGAAUCGUACCAGCGCCAGCCUCUCGUUGGACUACUUGCUCCAGGGUACAGAUGUGGUGAUUGCCAUCUUCAUCAUCGUGGCCAUGUCCUUUGUUCCAGCAAGCUUUGUAGUUUUCCUGGUAGCAGAGAAAUCCACCAAGGCCAAACAUCUGCAGUUUGUCAGUGGCUGUGACCCUGUUAUCUACUGGCUAGCUAACUACAUAUGGGACAUGCUGAACUACUUGGUGCCCGCCACGUGUUGUGUUAUUAUUCUGUUUGUGUUCGACCUGCCAGCCUACACCUCCUCAACGAACUUCCCUGCUGUCCUCUCCCUCUUUCUCCUCUACGGGUGGUCCAUCACUCCGAUUAUGUACCCUGCAUCUUUCUGGUUUGAGGUUCCCAGUACAGCCUACGUGUUCCUCAUAGUCAUAAACCUCUUCAUAGGCAUCACAGCCACAGUUGCAACCUUCCUUCUUCAGCUCUUUGAACACGACAAGGAUCUGAAGAGAGUCAACAGCUAUCUGAAGUCCUGUUUCUUGAUCUUUCCCAACUACAACCUUGGUCACGGUUUGAUGGAGAUGGCCUACAAUGAGUACAUCAAUGAAUACUACGCCAAAAUAGGUCAGUUUGAUAAGAUGAAGUCUCCCUUUGAGUGGGACAUCGUGACUCGAGGACUUGUUGCCAUGACAAUCGAAGGCUUUGUUGGCUUCCUCAUCACCAUCCUGUGCCAGUAUAACUUCCUCAGGAAACCCCCGAGGGUUCCUGUCAGCUGCCAGCCUAUAGAGGAUGAUGAUGUUGAUGUUGCCUGUGAGAGGCGAAGAGUUCUCCGAGGAGAUGCCAAUAACGACAUGCUGAAGAUCGAGAACCUUACGAAGGUUUAUAAGUCCAGGAAGAUGGGUCGUAUUCUGGCUGUGGACCGGUUGUGUCUGGGUGUUCGUCCUGGCGAAUGCUUCGGGUUGCUGGGAGUGAAUGGAGCCGGAAAGACCACCACCUUUAAAAUGCUCACUGGAGACGAGUGCACCACUGGUGGAGAGGCCUUCAUUAAUGGAAACAGUAUCUUGAAGGAUCUGUUGCGUGUACAGCAGAGUAUCGGUUACUGUCCGCAGUUUGAUGCUCUGUUUGAUGAUCUGACAGCCAGGGAACAUCUGGAGCUGUACACCCGUCUCCGCGGUAUACCCUGGAAGGACCGGGACAGGGUGGUGCAGUGGGCCUUAGAGAAGCUGGAGUUGUCCAAGUAUGCAGACAAGCCUGCUGGCACUUACAGUGGAGGAAACAAACGCAAGCUUUCCACUGCCAUAGCUCUGAUUGGAUACCCCUCCCUCAUUUUCCUGGAUGAGCCAACCACUGGAAUGGACCCAAAGGCCCGCAGGUUCCUGUGGAACUUAAUCCUGGACAUAAUCAAAACUGGACGCUCAGUCGUGCUGACAUCACACAGUAUGGAAGAGUGUGAGGCUUUGUGCACCAGACUGGGAAUCAUGGUCAACGGCAGAUUUAAAUGUCUAGCCAGCAUCCAGCACCUCAAGAACAGAUUUGGGGAUGGUUACAUGAUCACAGUGAGAACCAGGAGCAGCGCCAACGUGAAGGAGGUGGUUCGAUUCUUCAACAGAAAUUUUCCUGAGGCCGUCCUGAAGGAGCGCCACCACACAAAGGUUCAAUACCAGCUGAAGUCUGAGCGGAUCUCACUGGCUCAGGUCUUCAGUAAGAUGGAGCAGGUGGUGGAGGUGCUGGGCAUCGAAGACUACUCCGUCAGCCAGACCACUCUGGACAACGUGUUUGUCAACUUUGCCAAAAAGCAAAGUGACAAUCUGGACCAGCAAGAGUUACCGCCCCCUAGUGACGGACAGUCACCCCUGCAGCGCAUCCUGAACCUGUUGAAGUCUCAACCAGCCAACACGGAGCUCAGCGCUCUGAUCAGCGAGGCGCCAGAAGAGCUGGAGAGCGACGAUGAAGGACUCAUCAGCUUUGAAGAGGAAAGGGUGCAGCUCUCCUUCAAUACAGACACUCUGUGUUAAAACAGACACUGAGCGAACGCACAGAUGAGGUCUGACUCUGGAUCAGGACCAGGUACCCGCUGGGUUAAACCUUGAAGAGGACCAAAACUCUCUGGGCCGUGGACGUAGCAGCAGUUUGGUAUUUCAGCCUCAAAUCCUUCAUCACGGUGGUUUAAUUUUGGAAAAACCCAGCCUGCUGCGCUGGAUCGGAUCAGCCGGAAAAGACGGCGCUGAGACUGUUCGAUGUUGUCCGGGAAUGUUUCCGUAUUCAUUUAUUUUCAGAAUGUGUAUCAGUGGAGACGUUGACGAGUUGUUGCCGAUCCGUGUGUUUUAAGACUGUUCCAGCACGCUCCGUGCCAAAGCGGCCGCAUGUCGUCGGGAACGCUGCACCAAACUCAACCUGCCUUCAGGGCAUGCUGCGAUGAUCCACACUUGUGUCUAAUGUGUUCUAUUUUUCUGUGGCAAGAAGACGGAUUUAUUUUGGCCGUUGAAUGGUGUGGCACCUGAUUUAGUUUGCAAUAAUGGGGGAGCUGGUGACGUGCACUCGUGACACGGGGACGUGCUGAGCUUUCCCCUGUCAGACAGAAUGUAUGUGGCAUGAUUAUCGUCCUGACGGUGCCUCCCGUCUCUAUAAACCAACUCAUUUUAACACAUUU